AUGACCGAAACGAUGGCUCUGAGCGGGAACUGCAGGACUCAGCCCGCGGCCAAAGAGCAGGGCUCCGUCCAGAACAGCUUCCCGGAUGUGAUCGAGCUGAACGUCGGCGGGCAGGUGUACUAUACCCGGCACGCCACGCUCGCCAACAACCCCGGCUCGCUGCUGGGCAAACUGUUCUCGCCCAAGAGCAACGCGUCCAACGACCUCGCCCGAGACCCCAAGGGCCGCUACUUCAUCGACCGCGACGGCUUCCUCUUCAGGUACGUGCUGGACUACCUCAGGGACAAGCAGGUGGUCCUGCCCGACCACUUCCCCGAGAAGGGCCGCCUGAGGAAGGAGGCCGAGUACUUCCAGCUGCCCGACCUGGUCAAGCUGCUGACGCCCGAGGAGCCCAAGCCCAGCCCGGAGGAGUGCCUGCACAGCGACUACGAGGACGGCUCACAGGGCAGUGACCAGCGCGCCUGCCCGCCCCCCUCGCUCGUUCCCGCCGACAGGAGGAGCGGCUUCAUCACGGUGGGCUACCGGGGCUCGUGCACCGCGGGCAGGGAGAGCCAGACGGACGCCCGCUUCAGGCGCGUGCCCCGCAUCAUGAUCUGCGGCAGGAUCGCCCUGGCCAAGGAGGUCUUCGGCGAGACCCUGAACGAGAGCCGGGACCCAGACAGGACGCCCGAGCGCUACACGUCCCGCUUCUACCUGAAGUUCAAGCACCUGGAGCGCUCCUUCGACAUGCUCUCCGAGUGCGGCUUCCAGAUGGUGGCGUGCAACUCGUCCGUCACGGCCUCGUUCGUCAACCAGCACACCGACGACAAGACGUGGUCGAGCUACACGGAGUACGUCUUUUACCGUGGUCCAUCUCGCUGGUCUUCACCACCUUGUGACUGCUGCUGCAAGGGCCACAAAGGAGAAGGUGAGGGCGAGAGCGGUACUUCCUUCAACGAGCUCUCUACCUCCAGCUCCGAGAGCCAGUCGGAGGCCAGCUCUCCCCAGGGCACGGUCAUCCGUGGCCCCGUGAGCCGACAGACGCAUGUACAGACCCUGGACCGGCCACCCAAGAAAGGCCCUGUGCAGCAUUUGUUGCAGCAGCAGCAGUCCGAGCAGCGGCGCAAGAGCGACCUCCUUCGCACCCUCACCGCAAGUGCCCGGGACACUAGCACCAGCAAGAAGCGACCCACUAAGGAGAAGAUGACCGUGGAAGAGGAGCUGGAGAAGUGCAUCCAGGACUUCCGUAAGAUCAAGAUCCCAGACCACUUCCCAGAGCGCAAGUACAUGUGGCAGGCUGACCUGCUGCGCAAGUACCGCCUCUGA